UGAAUGAAGUUUAUCAGGAAGAAAUCGAUGAACUAAAUAAAGAAAUGGGCGGUCUCAAACAACAACAAUUGGAUAAUUUAAUUAAACUGAUGAAAAGUGUUAAAAGAUUGAAAAAACAGCAAAACCAAUCUAAUGAUAAGGAUUUAUCCUCGGGAAACACUGAUGAUAGUCAAUCCCAAGGCGAAAGCGAAAAAACCUGUGACAAAUGCGGAAAAAAAGGAACUAAAUAUGGCAUCCCAAGUAAAAACGAUGGCAAGGAAUUUUGUUCUAAAACUUGCGGUGCUGAUUAUUAUCAUCAACAAAAACAAGGUAAUUCCUCCUCAGAUGACAACCAUGCCAAAACUUGUGACCAAUGUAGUAAAGAAAUUAGCGAAGGUGAAAAAACUUAUUAUGCUGAUGCUGAUAACAAAACUGGGACUUUGUGUUCAACUUGUUUAGACAAGGAAUUAGAUGAAGAAAAAUCAGACACUAACUUAUGUCCCUCUUGUAAUGAAAUUAGUAGCGAGAGCGAACUAGAAGAACAUAUUAACCAAAAUCCUCAGUGUAAAGUUGCCGGAGAAGCUUAUGAACAAGUGGAAAAAGGGAUAAAAGUCGAUGUGGAUAAAUUAAAUUUGUCCAAACAAGACUUACCAACUAAACAUAAAAAAGAAUUAAAAAAAUUAAUGAAAGAGUUAGGGAUUAAAAAUUAUUCUCAAAAAGAUAACACCGAAGACAUUUUGGAACAAGAUCAACCAAAAAAACCAUUUUACCAACAACCUUGA